AUGGCGAUUUUCCUGCAUGAAAUCUACACUUCAUGCUGGUUCUUCCUCCCAGUUAUUGCCAUCAUCACCUUCCACUUUCUUUUAAGAAAUUUUCUCGCUCUUUUCUUCAAUUGGAAUUAUGAUUCCUGUUCUGCAACAACCCCACCAUCACCACCAUCUCUUCCAAAGCUUCCAGUAAUAGGAAACCUCCACCAACUUGGCACCCUCACUCACCAAACUCUCCAAUCCUUUGCUCAAACAUAUGGCCCUUUGAUGUUGCUUCACUUUGGGAAGGUACCAGUUCUUGUGGUCUCAAAUACUGAAGCAGCACGUGAGGUUCUGAAAACCCAAGACCACGUUUUCUGCAACAGACCACAUCGUAAGAUGUUUGAUAUCUUAUGGUAUGGUUCCAGAGAUGUAGCAUCUGCUCCAUAUGGGCACCACUGGACACAAACAAGGAGUAUAUGUGUGUUCCAUCUUCUCAAUUCCAAAAUGAUUCAAUCCUUUGGUGCAGUUAGAGAAGAGGAAAUCUCCAUAAUGAUGGAAAAGAUUAGGCAGUGUUGUUUAUCUAUGAUGCAUGUGAAUUUAACUCAUUUGUUUUCUACAGUCACAAAUGACAUAGUAUGUAGAGCUGCUCUUGGAAGGAGGUACAGUGGAGAAGGAGGGACUAAGCUCAGAGAGCCAUUGAAGGAGAUGGCUAAGACAGAGAGAGUGGCUAAACAGCUUGAUGAAUUUUUGGAUGAAGUUGUUGAAGAACAUGUCAGUUGUUGGCCCAAGAGAGGUAAUGAUGUUGAUAGUGAAAGGCGGAAUGAUUUUAUAGACGUUUUGCUGUGGAUCAAAAAGACAAAGGCAUCAGGAUUCCAUAUUGAUAGGACAACCAUAAAGGUUUUGAUCCUGGACAUCCUUUCUGGAGGCGUUGAAACUACCUCCUCAACCCUAGGGUGGAUAAUGACAGAACUUUUAAGGCAUCCAAUUGUUAUGCAGAAGCUACAAGGUGAGGUGAGGAAUGUGGUUGGUGAUAGAACACAUAUAACCGAAGAUGAUUUAAGUAGCAUGCAAUACUUGAAGGCAGUGGUUAAAGAAACUGUUCGAUUACAUCCUCCAAUUCCCUUAUUGCUUCCAAGGGAAUCCAAUAAAGAUACCACAGUGAUGGGUUAUGGCAUUGCAACUAGAACACAAGUAAUAGUGAAUGCUUGGGCAAUUGGAAGAGAUGGUUCUUAUUGGGAGCAACCUCUGGAGUUCAAACCAGAGAGAUUCUUAAAUAGUUCAAUAGAUGUGAGAGGACAUGAUUUUGAACUGAUACCAUUUGGAGCAGGAAGGAGGGGCUGUCCAGGAAUAACGUUUGCCAUGAUUGAGAUUGAGUUGGUCCUAGCAAACCUUGUUCACAAAUUUAAUUGGGAAGUGCCUAAUGGAAUAAUGGGGGAUCAGACCCUCGACAUCACUGAAACUGAAGGGUCAACCAUUCAUAGAAAAUUCCCACUUAUGGCAAUUGCAUCCCACAUGCAUGAGAAAUGA